AUGGAUUUGGACUUGAUGGUAAGGGCGGCCAGUGCUAAAUUGUGGUGGAACUUCCGGACAGAUCAUACCUUAUGGUCGGACUUUAUGAGGGCGAAAUAUUGCAGUCGGGUUCACCCGGUUGCUAAGUUGGUUCAGAAUAGAGAUUCGCACACCUGGAAGAGGAUGCUGGCGGUACGCGAUGAGGUUGAGGGGGUUCUGACUUGGCGGUUGUUCCAAGGCCGGGUUAAUUUCUGGUGGGACAACUGGUCGGGUCUGGGCCCACUUGGCAGGCUCUAUCCACACCGGAGGGUUUCCUACUCCCGGGAGUUGCUUCUAGACUAUGUGCGGGAUGGCCAGCUUGAUCUGACAGACCACGAUGACUUGGCAUAUGCAGGGAUUAGGGCGGACCUGUCCCGCUUGGGGCAGGGCCCGCGUGAUAUCCCACUCUGGACCGUGGCGUCCGACGGUAUGUUCUCUUAUUCCUCUGCUAAGGCCUUUCUUAGGCCUGCUUUGCCCACUGCACCGGACCCGCUCUUAGCUAAGUGUUGGCGCAAGCACCUUCCUUUUAAGGUGUCCUUCCUGGUUUGGAGGGUGUUCCGAGGGCGGCUUCCCACGGAUGACAUCUUGGCCCAUUUCGGUCAUGCGAUCGUCUCGAGGUGUCGGUGUUGUCCAUCCCCGGUCCCCGAGUCUAUUGAUCACAUUUUUUAUUCUGGGGAAACAGCAAGAGCUGUUUGGAGAUAUGUUUUGGCGUCCCUCGGCCUCUACUCGCGGCACCGGAGUCUUAGGACUUUGAUUGCGGGAUGGGGUCGGGCGGGGGCGCGUAACCCUCUUUUGUCUUUUGUUGUUUGCAGGUUGCCGUAUCUGGUGUUGUGGGAGCUGUGGAAGCACCGUAAUGGGUGCAUGUACGGCCGAGACACACCCAGCGUUGCACGGGUGAUGCAUGGGGUGGCAAAGGGAGUGGCGGAAUGUCUGUUUAGGCGUUGGCCCAUGCAGCAUAUCCUGCCCUCUAACUGGAGGACUAUUGUGGCAUACUUGGAGGCACAUGUGCCGAGGCGUGUUAUUAGGUCGGUCAGGUGGUCCCCCCCGGCUGCCGGGGCGUUAAAGAUCAAUCUUUCUCGGUCUUCGGCGGCUGGGGGGGCUGCGGCCGUGGUGCGCAACCAGGAGGGUGGCUUUUGCUACGGGGUUGCGUGGUCUGGCCACGGGGAGCACGCCCGGGGCAUGUUCCGGGUCCUUUUCUCUUGCCUGGAAUGGUGCCUGGCCGGGGGAACUACUUUGAUUGAUAUAGAGUCCACUUGGGCGGAGUUGGCCAGCUACGUUGAUAUCUCUGCGCGUCCGCCGUGGAUUCUAGAUGAUGUGGUGACCAGACUUCGUUUCCUGUGUUCUUGUGGAGUGGUUACUGCUGCUGUGUGUCCGUCUAGGGCCAAUAUGCCUGCACAGGCGCUAGCUGACUGGGCGGUGGAUAGGCCGGGGGAGGCCAUCUUUCGGAGCCUCAAUGAUCUGCCACGUAGGGUCCGUGCUUUACUGAUACAUGAUGAUGUGCCCUAUGUGUUUUUUGAUAUUGAUGAUCCCCCGUGA